AUGAUCAGCACUUGUGCAGUGUGUAGGAAGUGGAAGCUGGUGGGCUCAGACAAUGAUCUAUGGUGUAACCUUUUUAGAGAGAGAUGGGGAGAAGAUCAUUCUGCUUUUUAUGCUCCUAUUGGCUCAAAAUCAUGGAAAGAUGUAUAUGAGGUGCAAGAUCGUUGUGAUCGAAUUGGAGUGGGUUUGAAGAUUAUUAGAGAAGGCAGUGACUACUAUCUUGUUCACCAAGGAGAGAUACAGAGACAUCUGGGUUCAAGAAAAAAUCAGGAAAAAGAAACUGCUCAAAGCUUCCAUUCAGAAAUUGAAUUCAAUGGAGAAAGCUGUCUAGCUGAAGAGAGAUCAUGUCGUGGAAUUUUGGACAAAAUCCUUUUUUUCAUAGGAGAUUUGGAAGUUGCUUCUGCAGAAGCCAAACUGACCAUACUUUUCAAGAAACAUAAAUCAUUUACACAGCUCCCUUCGACAACAUCUGGAGCUUGGCCAAAUUUUGCCACUUGA